AUGUGAAUUGUCCUCAGAUUUGCCUUUAUUUUCUGUUAAUGUUUAAUUUAUAAAAUUUAAGCACAAAUUUAAAAAAAAUGGCGAAUGCAAAGAAAACUGCACUAUCGACUGCUGACUUUGAAGUAUUCGGUAAAGUUCAAGGAGUAUAUUUUAGGAAACAUACUCAGAAGAAGGCUCUUGAGCUUGGACUCAAGGGCUGGGUGAUGAAUACAGCACAAGGCACCGUGAUUGGCCAAUUGCAAGGGCCCAAAAACCUCAUUGAUGAUAUGAAGAUAUGGUUGCAAAAAACUGGCAGUCCCAAGUCUGUGAUUGAGAAGGCGGCGUUCCGAAACGAGGGGCCGAUAGCUAAUAUGGCUUUCAAGACUUUUGAAAUACGUCGCUAAAAUGAUUAUCGACCACAACUCUAAAAACGUUAUCAUUUACUUAAGGAUUUUGAUAUGUGAA